AUGGCGUCCCUCGAAAAUGGCCACGCCAAUGGCUUGAAUGGAGACGCAUUGCCUCCAACAGCCUCAAUGGCUUCUUUUCGUUUCUCCGAUAUCCCUGACGCCAUUGAUAUUCCCGCCUCCAGCUUCGACAGCGAAGUCGAAGUCAGCCUCCUCGACCUCCCCGAAGAUCCGACCGAGCUUUGCACACUAUUGGAAAAUGAGAGAGCUGCCAAGAAUUUCUGGGUUAUCAUCGCCUUGGCUUAUGCUAAGCGAAAGCAAAUCGAUCAUGCCAUUGAUAUUUUGAAUAAGGGCCUGGCCUCCGUGGCCCACGGGGCCACGAAAGAGAAACUUGGUCUUUUGGGCUGGGUUUGCUGGCUGCUGAUGCUGAAGAGUCGUCAGGCCCCGAGAGUCGCGCCUGAAGGUGAACUUUACUCAGAAGCAAAGACUAAGGAUCACUACCUGCAGCUCGCGACCUCGACCUUGAACGAGGCGUCGCGUCUGAACCCGGCAUACCCGCCUCUGUUCCUAGCGCGUGGUGUCCUCUGUCUUCUUCGCGCCUCUUUAUAUCCUCCUCGGGCUGCUCGCCCAGGUGCCAUUGAUACCUCAGAAAGAGCGGAGGCUCUGCGUCAGGCAUUGAAGUGCUUUGAUGAAUCUUCAAAAGCGUUCGGCGGCCGCAAUAUCAUGGCUAUUCUGGGCCGUGCUCGUGCACACUACAUGCUGGGAAGAUACGCGGAGGCUCUUGAUGGCUACCAAAAGGUUCUGUUGAAGGUGCCUCACCUCACCGACCCCGAUCCUCGAAUUGGUCUUGGCUGCUGCUUGUGGCAGCUGGGCUUCAAGGACCAGGCCAAGACUGCGUGGGAGCGAUCGCUCGCGCUUAACCCCGAAUCUAAGGUCGCCAACAUCCUCCUCGCCGUGUAUUACCUCUACGAUAGCUCCCGUCGGUCCACCACAGAUCCUAUGUUCGGCUCGCUCUACAAGGUGGCCAUGACUCAGUAUACACAGAAGGCUUUCAAGCUGGACAAGGAAUAUCCUAUGACCUGCGCCCUGUUCGGUAGCUACUUCCUCUUGCGCAAGCAAUACCCGACGGUUGAGACCCUUGCCCGCAAGGCUAUCGAACACACAGACGUGAUGCCCAUUGCUAGUGAUGGCUGGUAUCUUCUUGGCCGCAAGGCUCAUUACGAAAGUGAUGUUACAAAAGCAGCGGAGUUCUACAACCGCUCCGACCAAGCUCGUGGUGGUGGUGAUAAGGGUUACCUGCCCGCCAAAUUCGGCGCCGUGCAGAUGCAGGUGACAAACAAGGACUUUGACGGUGCCAAGUUCCGUUUGGAGAAAAUUGUUCAGCAGUCUAGGAACCCAGAAGCCAUGAUCCUGUUGGCAGCGCUGCAUGCCGAGGAAAUCUUUGCUCUCCAGAAAUCGGGUAGCAAGGACGACAAGUCAUCCGAGAUCAAGCGCGCAAUUGGUCUUUUGGAGUCUGUUCGCUCGAUGUGGAAGGAUGAGAAGCUGAAAUUGACACCAGACGAGUCUGUUCUGGUGUAUCUCUCGCUCCUGGAAGAACUUCAAAUUGCCGGUAUUCCUGAGAGCGCUCGUCCGGAUAUUGACAACGCGGAUGAUUUGAAGGCUGCUCUUCGUGAAAGCCUGCCGCCGCAGCUUCUCAACAACAUGGGCUGCUUCCUCUACCAGAAUGAGAAGAUUGCCCUUGCUCGUGGCAUGUUCCAGUCUGCACUCAACGCAUGUGUUCAGUCAGAGGAGAGAGAAGACGGAUCUGACAACGACGCCCUUGUCACGACCAUCAGCUACAACUUGGGACGCACGUAUGAAGCAGCAGACAUGUGGGACGAAGCUAAAAAGGUCUAUGAGGGGCUUCUGGAACGUCACAGCAACUACACCGAGGCCAAUGCACGACUUACCUACAUUGCUCUGCGCCAAAGCCCCACGGACGAGGGCCCGAAGAAGAUGGGCAAGCUGUACGAAACGGACUCGUCCAACUUGGAGGUUCGUGCUUUGUUCGGCUGGUAUCUCAGCAAGUCCAAGAAGCGUGUGGUCAACCUCGCCGAGGAUCAGGAACAACGCCACUUCAAACAUACCCUGCAGUACCACGAUAAGCAUGACCGUUAUGCCUUGACGGGAAUGGGCAAUGUGCAUCUCCUCGCGGCCCGUGACAUGCGUCGCGAGACAGAGGCGGAGAAGGAGAAGCGCCGCACUACUUAUCGACGGGCCGUUGAAUUCUUCGACAAGGCCUUACAGCUGGACCCCAAGAAUGCCUACGCGGCGCAGGGUAUUGCUAUCGCUCUCGUUGAUGACAAGAAGGAUUAUAGCUCCGCCGUGCAGAUCUUCUCCAAGAUCCGCGACACGCUCAAAGACGCCAGCGUCUACCUCAAUUUGGGCCAUGUCUACGCUGAGCUUCGCCAAUUCUCGCGAUCUAUCGAGCACUACGAGACCGCCCUGGCCAAGGACCGCUCGCGUGAUGUUCAGAUCCUGGCCUGUCUCGGCCGUGUGUGGUGGCUCAAGGGCAAGCAAGAGAUGAACCUGGCUGCAAUGAAGACCGCUCUGGAUUACGCCCAGCGUGCCCGAGAAGUUUCUCCAAAUCAACUUCAUCUGCAGUUCAACGUCGCUUUUGUGCAGAACCAGAUCGCCUCUCUGGCUUACAGCCUGCAACCCACGCAAAAGAGCCUUCAAGAUGUGCAGGAGGCCGCCGAAGGUCUCAAGGAGGCUAUUGAGACCUUCGACCGUAUCUCUAAGGAGAAGAACCCCCCUUACCCCAGCCAAGCUCUGGAGCAGCGUGCCAACAUGGGUCGCACAAUCAGCAAACAGCUGGACCGAACCAUGCAGAGCCAGAAGGAGUACGAGGAGAAGAACGCCGCCAAGCUCCAACAGGCCCGCGAAGCCCGCGAGGCCGCACAGAAGAAGCGCGAGGAGGAGCUUCGCAAGGCACAUGAAGUCGAGAUGGAGCGCAAGAGGCGUAUUGCCGAAGAGCGCCAGCAAAUGCUCGAAGAGACUCAGCGGAUUGCUGCUCAACGCGCCGAGGCCGAGCGUGCCCGUGAACAAGCAGAGCUCACAGACGACUCCCAGGGUGACAAGGUCAAGCGCACGAAGAAGAAGCAGGCCUCCAAGCGCAAGAAGAAGGGCGGCGACGACUUUAUCGCUGAUGAUGAGGAUCAGGCCGAGCACAGCGCCGAGCCAGAAAGCGAUACCGAGACCGCACCCAAGAAGCGCCGUCGUCUUGAGCGGAGGUCUGGCGGUAAGGCUACCGCUCCCAAGGCGUCAUCGAACAAAUUCAAGAGCAGUGAGCGCGUCGUCGAUUCAGACGAGGAAGAAGAUGCUCCGACUCCAGGCGAAGGGCAGGAUGAUCUAUUCGGCGACGAGCCGAUGGCGGAGGAAGCUCCCCGUCGACGCGAAAAGGCAUCCCGUCGUAUUGCGGAUGAUGACGACGAGGAAGAGGAAGAGGAAGAGCCCAAGGCCGUAGAGGAUGAAGAGGAACUUUUCGGGGAAAAGGGAGACACGGAGAUGCAGGACUGA